UUGAUUCCCAAAGGGUCAUAUGUAUUCCAGUAUAUACACAAAAGAGUUCAGGUUGACAAUAUUCAGUUUAACAAGUUGCUGAAUCCAAAUAAGGUACCACAUGUUCAAAUAUUUACCAAAGAUUAGAGUUUAUGCAUGAAGCCAUCUCUGCAUCCCAAGUAAUUUUAUGAUGUGGAGUAAGUAGGUUAUGGUAAAAGGGUUUUUUUAUGUGGCACCAUAGAUUUUGUUUAUUUUGGGAAGUGAACACUCCAAUCUUAUUAAGCAUGAGCUCAUCUCUGCAUCCUACAUUGACGAUGUGGAUGAUCACCUUUUCGAGCUCACAUCCAUGUCUGGUUUAUUGCUAUUUUAUCUGAUGAAUAGUUGCCGUUUCAUAUUUCAUAUUUAGGAGAAGAAUAAAAGAGUCAAAUAAGACACAAGAGAAACCUCUCUCCUUAUUGUAGUGUAAAUCCAUUGCAUUGUCUGUAACUCUUUAUCCCUUGACAAUGAAUAUUUUUUGUAUUUUGCACCUUUGUUUAUGUAAUUUUGGAUGCAGUCUGUGAAUCCCUUCUGACACCAAUGAAAGAUAGAGGGUUGACACCUUCAAUUGUUCUCAUGGGGCUUCAUUGUAUCCUUAUACCUUCUAGAACCUAUCAUAGAUUAAGGGUUAGGGUGCCUUGGUGAAAAUCAGUGUUUUCAAUUUGGAUUUUAAAUUCAUGUUCUUUUUUUUUUUUUGGUAAAAUAGUGAGAAAAUGUCAACUUCAAAACAAGCAGUUAAUGAGACUGCAAAAUGGAGCCAAGCAAAUGUAGACACCCUUAUUGUUCUGAUGGUAGAGGAAGUUAAGAAAGGACAUAGGACUACUUCGACUUUUAAUAAAGCUGGUUGGAACAACAUUGCCAAUAACUUCAAAGAAAAAACUGGGGUCAACUAUGCCAUUGUACAGUUGAAGAAUAAAGUGAACAAACUGAGGCAGGAUUAUAGUCAGUUUAAGAAGUUAUUGGAGACAACUGGUUUUGGUUGGGAUACUGCUUCAAGAACUUGUAUUGUUGAUGAUGAAUCCAUCUGGGAAUCGCAUAUUAAGGAUAACCCUACUUGGGCACGAUUUAAGAAGCACGGACUACCACAAUGGCCAGAACUAUGUAUGGUAUUUGGUGAUACAUAUGCAGACGGCGAAGGAAGUGGGACUCAAACAACCAUGUUGGAAACUUUGGGGGCCAAUGAUGCUAGGAAUAUGAUUGAGUCUUGUGAUGAGUCAAGAUCCGCUGAUGAAGUUACUCCAUUAGGUGACACUCAAACUGAAGCAGUGGAAAAAAGGCCAGUUACUAAGCAUAGGCAUGAUAGGACUCCAAAUGCGAAAAGGAGGAGGAGCAAGUCUAAUGAUUGGUCAAUGGCAUUCAAGGCAAUUCAAGAUAUUAGUAAAUCAAGGGUAGAACGAGAUGCGAGCAUGUCCACUGCUUCAACCCAAAAUGCGGAACAGAUGUAUGGAAUUACUAGGGCCAUGGAGGUGCUUGAGUCAGGAUAUGAGUUAGAUGAAGCACUAUACGAGAAAGCACUUCGGAAGUUAAUGGCUGACCCGUAAUGGAGAGAAGCAUUAAUUUCCUGCCCUCCUCAUCGGAAGUCAAUACUCCUUCGUACCCUUCAGUAGUUUGCUUCUUGAAAAGUUCUUUCAAUUAGA